UAACAAAAUGGUUGAAGGACGUGGUUUCAAUUCAGUCAGAGACGGUUCAGAUGCUGAUUUCGAAAUUAUCUGUACGCCGUGUGGGGAAGAUAAUAUCAGAGAAGAAGCUGUCAAAUUUUGUGCAGAAUGCAACCAGUAUCUAUGUACAACAUGUACCAGGUAUCACAGAAGAAUAGCGGCUUCGAAAUUCCACAAGCUUCUGGAUACCGAUGAUGGUAAAAACACGUUAGAAGUUGCCAUGGUAACGAAAUGUCGAUACCAUGCAGAUCGAGACAUUGAGAUGUACUGUGGAACACAUGACAUGGUCUAUUGUGCAAAAUGUAUAGCCACGGAGCAUAGGGCUUGUGAGAGUGUUAAAAACAUAGAAGACGUAACGACACCUUUUGUCCAACAAAAUGAAAUACACGAGUUACAAGAUGAAAGUAAAGCUGUUUCCGAUCAGUUAAAAGCUGCAAACAAGAAUAAACAGAUAAAUGUCGGUUCUCUUGAAGAGCAAAGAAGCGAAAUACUACGCAAUAUUCAGGAUAUCGAAAGAAACAUUAUAGAACAUAUCGGCAAAUUAAAAAGAGAAGCAGUUGAGAGUUUGAACAAAAGGUAUUCUGAAAUAAAUAGCGAAAUGGAAUCGGAAAUCACCUUGAUGGCCAAUACAAUAACAGAAGUCGACAAGUCAACAAGUAUGUUGCAAAGUCUAAGCAAUAUGGAUGCUAGACAACAGUUUGUUCAAACGAAACUGAUACAAAGAACUGUCAAAGAUGCUAAGAAAUUGUUUGAAAAAAGUGAGUCACAGGGUACUAGGGUGGUUCGUUUCAUUGAAAAUGCAGAUUUGAACACCGUUAUAAUGACUGCCACAGAUUUAGGACGUUUGGAGACAAUGAAUAAAAUUCAGAAGCUGCCUACUCCAAAACAAUACAAAUUGAAAUCGAAAAGAGAGAUUCAUGUCAGAAUGCAAAAUGAUGUUAAGAGAUGUUAUAUAUCUGAUACAUGCCAGCUUCAUGAUGGUACGAUCAUACUCACCGACUUCGACAACAAAAAAGUAAAAUGGCUUGACACGAAUUAUAACGUAAAGUGCCACUGUGAUCUAAAUAACCAGCCUAGAGACAUCUGCUGUACUACCCAGAAUGAAGUUGCUGUGAAAAUGAACAACAAUAAGGUUCAGUUUUUAUCGGUUGAUAGUUCGUUAUCGGUACUGAGAGAUAUAUCGAUAGAAGAUGGAGGUUACUGGGGAAUGGCGUAUAUUGCUGGAGAUUUGUGGUUAUCUACCGGAAGUGGUAUCAACGUGUACAGUAGAUCAGGUACACUUCUAAAGUCUAUCAACAAUAUCGUGAAUGGUCAGAGAAUAUUUAAAGAUUUGCCUCAGCAUAUAGCUGCCAGUAGAGAGAAUGUUAUUGUAACAGAUGGAAGUGAUGGGGCUGUGUGUUUAGGAAGAGAUGGAACAGUGAAAAGUGAAUUGCGGGAUGGAAGUUUGAACUACACCCAAGGUGUUUGUGUAUCUAGUGAUGGCACCGUGUUUCUGUCUGGAUUUAGAUCCCACAAUAUUGUGAUUUUUAGUGGUGAUGGAAAAUGUCAAGGAGAGCUGCUAACGCAAGAAAUUGGGCUUACAAAUCCUGGUUCGCUCUACUACGAUAACAAAAGAAAUUGUUUAAUUCUAACACGCCAUAGAAGUUGUGAUAGUAUUUACAUACUUGAAAUGUGCGAUUGAUUUGAAGAAAUACAGACAGACUCUAAAAACCUUAGGACAACAGGAUAUGUCGAUCAAUAGCAUACAUUUUUCAAGACCUUGCAAAUUCGUAUUUUAAUUGAAUUAUAUACUAUAUGUGUUUCCUAGUCUGAUUAUUUAGAUAGUUUCCACAAAAAUCGUUUUAUAAAUAAUAAUUUUAAAAAAGAAUGCCUUUGUGAACUGGCAAAUGUCUUUGACGGUUUGCAUUCUCAAAGUUAUUUUUAAUCUUAACAAUUAAGAAUGCAGUACUUGUUAUCACAUACUUGAAGAGUUGUGAGAAGUUAGACCAAAUUAAUUUAUGUUUUAAAUGUAUAAUUUUGAGAAUCAUGGGUCAUAACAAAUCUUGACAAUUUUAGAAAACUUUAUCCCAUUGCAAAACUAUAUUCGUUCUUUAAAGUUGCAAGUUAUUGAUGCACUACAUUAUUCAAAAGUAGUCAUUGGCCUAUGUACAUACAAUGGUUUUUAUAAACCAAACUGGAAUUAAUGUGUUAAUGAAUUUGUCACAGAAAUAAAAGAAUAU